CAUCCACAUAGCAUAUACCAACCAAAAUUCCGUGUGUCACAGUGCUGUGCUUAUCUCAUCGAGGUGAGGUGUAUGCGACAAAGCAUAUCAACGUAUUCGCGACUUAUCUGAAGUUAGUGACUAGACCAGUGUCGUCCGAGUAUCAUUAAAGUGUUCUGUGAGCCAGUUUUAGGCUUAAAAUCAAAAAGUCAUGAAAUUGUGGGUUACCCUCACAAUUCUGGGCUUUGCCUAUGCGCAAAGCGCCAACAUCGCAAACUGUCCUACAUUCUGUGAAUGCAUUGUCUCUGGGGAGGCAACAUGCACAACGCUGGACAUCGAACCAUUCCCCACGGCGGAUAUCGUCCGCCUUACCCUGAACUCACCCCAAGCUCCGUUGGACCUCAGUGGACCUACCUUUACUAAUCUAAGGUUGACUAAACUACGGGAAUUGACUAUUACGAAUGCCACAAUUGGGAAGUUGGAUGCUUCGUUAUUCACUACUUUGAAUUUAGAUAAAUUCGUGGUGAGACAUUCGAAAAUCCCGGUGAUCAAUAAACAACUAUUGAAGGCAUCACAAUACAUCAGAUUAGUAGACCUCAGCUACAGCAACAUUCAAAUCUUUGAAGGGUUGGAAUCAGGUAUGCUUACAUCAUUGGUCUUGGCUGGUUGUAAUUUUACCACACUUCCGGCUGGAAGUCUUAGUCCCAAUGACCUACCUGCUUUGGAAUACCUUAACCUGGAAAACAAUCAGUUACAAGAGAUCAAACUGGGUGACUUGGCAGGUGAAGAGAUUUCCUUGGCGAAUAACAAAAUCUUUUCGUUGACUAUCACAGCUGAUGAAGAUGUAUUAAGGUUGACAACCCUGAAACUUGAUAAUAACCCAUUGAAGUACAUCGAAGCUGAAGAUGAAGUUGAUCUUGAGGCACUCUACGUUAAUAACUGCCAUCUUACAAAUUUGAACUUCCUGCAAUACUUUACUUCUUUGAUAAAAUUGGAAGCCAGGAAUAAUUUGAUCUUCAGUAUAGAUUCAAAGAUCCUCAACAGUUUGGAUGCUUUGGAAGUGUUGGACCUUUCCGAAAAUCUCUUCAAAGAAUUACCUAAAGAUUUUGGUCACAUGAUGGUCCUAACCUCUUUGGUUCUAGACAAAAAUAACCUUAAAACCUUACCGAAGUUUAUGUUCCAAGGUACCUUGGAUAAAUUCAGUUGUAAUGAGUGUAACUUGACAGAAUUACAUCCGGAGACUUUCAAUGCGAUGUUAGCAACUAGAGUGAUAUCCUUAGCUAACAAUAACCUGGCAACCAUUCCGAAAGACCUCUUCAAACCUGUAAAAGCUUUGGUUAAAGUAGACCUAUCCCAUAAUAAACUUACCAGCCUCCCAGUUGAGAUCUUCCAACAUAACCAAGGACUCAAAUUUGUUGAUAUCAACUCAAAUCCUUUGAAGGAAGUUGAUCCCAGCAUCUUCUCUAAAACUUCCAUCAAAGAACUACACAUGGAUAAUUGUGGUCUUACCAAACUCUGGACCCCCUCAGUCAUUGUUAAAGAAGGUAUUGUUCUGCUACCAAAAUUGGAAGUGCUUACAGCCACCAAUAACAACAUCACUCAAUUGACAACUGAUGAUUUGAAGAUCGCCAAGAUUGGACAGUUGAAUAUCAUGAACAACCCUCUGAUCUGCACUGAUGCCAACAUCAACUUCAUCAACGCCAUGUCCAAGCUAAGCUCCAUCUUUUUACAUUCCUCUGAUUGUGAUUGCGCCUACGAUGACAGCAAUGACUACACCGAUCCAGAGGUCGAAGAUGAUGUCUCCAAAGAAAUCGAAACCCUACCUGAAGAGAAACCCACCGAAAACAAACAAAAACCUAAAGAAAUCAUUGAUUUAGACCCCGAGGAUGAUUCCAUGGAUGAAUCCGAUGAAUACGAUGACGAUGAAACCAUUGGCAACAUGGAUUCAGACGAGUCAUUCCAAGAGGAUAUACCUAAGGAACAGAAACCUAAGACCAAGAAGCAGGAAUACGAUGAAUUCCAACAGGAUGUGGAUGAUGUCAGCGCUGUAGAAUUCUACAACUUCCAGGCACGUCAAAGGUCCAGUAAACAGAUGCUUUUCUUCGUGCUUCCGACUGUUGUCUUUAUUCUGACAGCGAUGGUUGUUUUACUACUGACUGUGACGGUGAUUUUAUGCGUGAUGCAGAGGCGUAAUGGCCGCCCGACCAAUGCGCCGCAGAUUACCAUUCUGCCGUGGGGACAUGGUCAGAAGAUCAAGAAGCACAGUGGAUCGAUUUAUCGUCCGCUCAGCGAGGAGAAACUUCCGGUUUAAUAGUAAUACGCAUAUUAAUGAAAACAUAACCAUACAAAAAUACAAAAACAUACUAACACCUAUCUUAAUUUAUGACAUAACCUAAAUUAUGACGUAACUUAAACAAUUUUCUUGAUUUUGUGUUGUUUUGUGAGGUAAAACGGUCAAAAAUAUUACAAGACAUAAUUUUAAUGGAAUAAUUAAUCACUUAUUUUGUUUUUUAAUAAUCCAGUAAUGAAUUUGUUGAAAUUUAUAGACCGUUAUACUUUACUUAACUUGCAAAUGAAAAUUUUUAGUUUUUUUUUGUUUAUUGAAAAGGGUAUAAUUUUUCUUUGAAAAUAUUUAACGCAAUAACGUUUAAGUCUGUUCAUACUGUGUUAUUCAUUUAUAUUCGUAGGCUUACUAAGUUAGCAACUAAAAAACACUUGAAGGCAAGAUAACACGUGAUAGUAAACAGCGAUGAUACUUAAUAAAAGAAAACAAAGGAGUGUCGACGAUGAAAGAAACCGUGAAAAACAAACGAGUACACAUAUUCCACGCAUAACUUUAUCUAAGUGUUGAUAAAACUUUGAUAACAUGUAGCGCCAUUGUCCAUAUUAGUAGUUAGUGUGAGUAAUUUUAAGCGUUAAUUACACAAUAUUAUAAAAACACUAAAAACGAAA